GUGUCCGUUGUAGGGUUUUGCGUGCCAGUCAUCAUUUGAGAAAGUCCGAGAAACUUUUCAAUCAUCCAUUAUUUAGAUAAAUUGACGCAAUUUCCCUGAGUUUAUCAUCAUUCUUUGCUUGCAAUUUGUGGUGGUAGUUUGUGUACAAUCAGAUUCCGUUGGAGUUUUUUAAGAAUGGAGUUCCCAGAUCUUGGAAAACACUGUUCCGUUUCCACCUGCCAGCGACUUGACUUCCUGCCCGUCAAGUGUGAUGCCUGCAGUGAGAUACUCUGUUCAGAGCACUACAGCUACGAGAAGCACGGUUGCAAAUCAGGGCAGAGGAAGGAUGUUCAGGUGCCAGUGUGUCCUCUGUGUGGGGAACCUGUGCCCACACCUAGCGACGUCUCCCCGGACCUCACAGUAGGACGCCACAUAGAUCAGUUCUGUCGAUCAGAGAAGAAACGAAUCUUCACCAAUAUGUGCUCUUUUGCGGGAUGUCGCCAGAAGGAGCUCGUGCCCAUUCUCUGUGGGGACUGCAAGAAGAAUUACUGCAUCCGUCAUAGGCACUUCAAUGAUCACCGGUGUCAGGGGAAGGCGCGAGAGCCCCAAGCAUCACGGAAAGGUAUCUUUGGUAGUGCCCCAAAAGCCCCAGUAAGAGCAACAGCAACUUCCGGACAUGCCCAACUUGUCCAGGGCAACAUGACGGAGGAUGAGGCACUCGCACAUGCAAUUGCCCUAUCUAUGCAAGAGCAGGAGCACCGUCAGCCACCCACCGUAGCCGUAGGAGGAGCACAAAGCAACUCCAGUUCCAAGGACAAGUGCUCACUAUCGUGAGUCAACUCUCCUCAACAUUGGACACUCAAAGGGACGAAAAUAGCCACUAACUUUAAGCAACUUUAGGCAAAUGUUUUUUCACAGAGAUUAUCCUAAAAUUAAGAGUUGUUAAUAUUUUUAAAAUCCCAAAAAUGUUCAAAAAAAUUGUAAGCUAUAAUUAUUGAAAAAAGUCAAAGAUUUUUACUUAUUGCAAUCAAGAAAAAAAAUCCCACAAAACAAAUCUCAAGACAUCUUUUUGUGAGCAUUUUAUUCUACUUAGAAUUUAGAAAAUUUAUUUGUUUAUAUAAGAUUUUAAGGUAAAUAAAAGAAUACAUUCGCUUAUGAAA